CGAAGUUCAUAGGUAAACAAGCAGCUAUAUAAACUGGCAGCCGUGUCACCGAGCACACAGAUAUUCUGCCUGUGAUCACACUCACACCCCUAGUGCUGUCAUCUGCAACCUGCCCUAUUUAGAAACAUGAUUUCACCGACAUUAAUAGUGCUGUUCGCAGUAUUUAGCUCUAUUUCGGCGCAAGCGCAAAAAUCAUCAGAACCUAUACCUAUUGUGCGGUUCGAUUCUGAAGGACCAAAUGUUGACGGAACCUAUAAGUGGCUUUACGAGACCGGGAACGAGAUCAACGCUGAAGAGUCAGGGUAUGUGAAGAACUUCGGCAAGGGAGAGGGCGAGGAGGUGCAGGUGGCGGAGGGCAAGUUCAGCUUCAAGACGCCAGAGGGCACUCUCAUUUCCCUCACAUACAUCGCCGAUGAGAACGGCUUCCAACCACAGGGUGACCAUCUGCCGACGCCGCCGCCCAUCCCACCAGCAAUCCAGAAGGCUCUAGAUUACUUGAAGACACUGCCCCCCUCAGCUACAGGCGCUGCUUCAAACGUGCAGCCUCAGUACCAACCUUCACCAUUUAAUAAGCCUAGAGGUAGAUUUUAGUCGCGUUUAAGACCAAGAUUAUCGUGUUAGAGAGAGGCGACACGAGUGUUGCCACCCCGAUGCGUCGACGCAGUGCCACAACGUAGAAAAACAUCGUGUGACAUGUAUUUGUGAAUUUAUAUGUAUACGAUGCUGCGUCGCCGAUCAGUCGUUGCAACGGACGCAACGUGUGGCCUCGCCUUUAUAUAGUGAUAAUGUUGUUAGAUUGAAAUAUAAAGGAUGCAUACUUGUUGGAAAUAAAACUUUUCAUUAUAUAUGAUCAUCAGUUUUUCAUAUUCAUUUCAUAUCUCACACUGCACAAAGAAAUAAUGUAUAAAUAUUUCAUAUUCAAUGUCUAAGGCCGGCUAUAGACCAUUGUGAUAUAAUUUAGACAAGUUGUAAAAUGAAAAUCUAUAUUUUAUGUUGUAUUCUGAACUAAUUGCUCUAUUUUGUUUAAAAUACUUAGUUAUUAAAUUGAUUGAUUAGUUUUUUCAUAUAUUCGUGUCCUGUGCUAACAACUAUCAAUAUGUCUAUGAAUAUAGAAAUUGAUUAUGAAAAUACAAUUGAAUAUUACAAUUUUGUGCAUUAUUUCUUGACUUAAAUAAAAUCAUAACGUAGGUAUAUUUCUACUGAGUCUUCGGCAAGUCUUACAAAUAUUUGGCGUAAUACUUAUGUCACUUGUUGUGUAUGUGUAUCUACUCGUAUAUUAAAAAAAAAAACUUGUAGUGGGUAAAUAAGUAUCACAGUGGCCAUAUCAUAAUACUCGUAUGCGAAUCAUCACUUUUCGAAGAUGUACACUUUAGCAAACGACACUUAAAAGUUGAAUAUCUUGAUACAGUUAAAGGACGCUUGCUUUCUGUAGGCAAUUUCAUACAUACUUACUUAGUAUUUUUGGCUAGUAAUAAGAUGCUUAUUAUGUUUAGUAUAAUAUUAUAUGUUAGUAUAUUACUUAUAUCCAGAAUAAAUGUAUUUAAAUCCAGUUGAAA